UACCGUUAGAACUAUAGCUGUAAUCGUCCAAUCAGCAGUCACGCUCCAUUGCUUGCGUCGUGUGAUUGCAUUGUUUAUAAUAGAGCUGUGUGCACGUUCUAACACCUCUGCAUAGCUUUUGAAUGUUGUACUGUAGACUCAGUCUCUUGUGUGUUUGAUGACUGUACUUCCUGUUGUGUUUUACUUCUAUUUAAACUGUAACUGCUGUGCAGAAUGUGUAUUUUGCCUGAGAAAGUCUUGCUAUUAUAGGAAGUCAGCUUGAUGUCAGUGGUGUGCUAUUGCGUACAUCUCUGCUCUGUAAACUGUUGCGUAUGUACUUGUUUGUAAGCUCCUUCUUGUAUGUGUGAGUGAUGCCAAGACUCCUGUUAGUUUAAAUGAAUGAUAAAGAGGUGAAAAGAAGACAAGAGGCAAGAACAUGUUAAGAAAUAUUUUCCAGUUUGUUGCGUCGGUAUUGAAAAGGCGUCGCACAUUGCCGAUUUCAGGAGUCCCGAAUACAUUUGUGAUCAUCACAGUGUUUUAGGGUAGAGCAGCUGUUGUGCUGGUGUUGUCCACGCGGUGGCAGUGCUCUCAUGUUAGCACAGAGGUUGGUUCUGGAGCGUCUCUGGCUCAGAGGAAAUGAGUGUGUGAUGAGUCAGUGUGGGGGCUUUACAUUGUAAGACGGUUGACAGUUUUUAAGUGUUUUUUAGGGGAAUGCACAUUCCAAACACACUGAAUAAUGAGUGAAUUGAUCUCAGGUGUAAAGCCUAAAGCAUUAUGAGUGUUCUGACACACUCGGGCUGAUUUUGAACUCGAGUUCACACGUUCACAUUUGACGCUUCGACUUGGUGUGUUCGUCAAACUCAUGUGGAAUGCUGAGCAGGUCAAGGCAAGCUGCUGGAGGUUAAUCUGCAUAGUGUGAGCCGUUCAUAAGGCAUAUACAUGUGUGUGCAUAUUAUAUGAAGGAGAGACGUGCUUUCUCUCAGCCACACAGAUUAAACACAGUUCACCUAAAUAAGCUUUGUCCAGAGCUGCAUUGCUAAUAAGACAGCAUGUUCUAUGUCACUGCUACAUCUGUUUCUUCUUCUGUUGCUUGUUGACCUUCCCGUCCCUUCUUCUUUGCUUGUAAUUAAACGCGUCUCAAGUUUUCAGCUCCGACUGGAAACAUGCAUCCUCUGUGUUUUAGUGUCUGUUUGGGAGUUUCUCUUGUUCCCACACAUCGUUGUGAUGAAUUAUUCAUAGGUUGACAUUUUCCCCCAUUUUACAAUAGUGUGCUGCUUGUGGUGGGAAGUGACCUCACAGUUUACGAUGGUGGAGCUCGAGUCAAAUGAAAAUAUGACUCCACUGUAGGUUUCUUUGAUCCUUCUAGUUUCAUACAGGAAACACUUAUUUUCUUAAAUUGAAACGAUGCUACUUUGGAUAGUGAUUUUAUCUGCUAAUAUUGGCUCAUCACACAUAUUUUAUGAAGUCAUCAUGUCAAUGUAUGUGUUGAUACAUUUGUAACAAGGAAACUGCAGUACAUACUUUAAAUGACAUUUAGUGCAUCUCUAUUCUCUUGCCGUUAUAUGUGUGUGUGUGUGUGUGUGUGUGUGUGUGUGUGUGUGUGGGAAGCAGCCUUUUUCUUCUUCUGUUGUUUGUACUCGCUUGUCAAUCUCUGGCUUUCUUUUUGAACCGAGGACUGAGCCAGGGAGACGUGGGAGGUAAACAGAGACAGAGAAGGGCAAAGGCCAGAGAGGGCAAAGCCUCUCUCUCUCUCUCUCUCUUCUGCAGCUUCUCCUCCUUUUUCUCUGAAGGCUUUCUCUCUCUCUCUACCUGCUGCAGGAAGGGGAGGAGUGAGCCACAAGUAUUUGAUAGGUGUGCAGGCUGCGAAACCACACCUCUGCAUAUGUCCUUCCUCCAGGGUGUGAGGUGUGUUUAAGAGAGAGAGAGAGAGAGAGAGAGAGAACGAGCGCAACACAAGACUUCAUCUUUUUAUUUGGAUCACAUACUUUAGAGUCUUACUGUCAGCAGAACAAGGCGUAGGAAGGAAGGAAGGAAGGAAGGAAGUGUGUGAGAGAUGAACUCUUUGAGGCUGAAAGAGUUGUCAAACUCCGACUUGUACAGACGAAGACAGGAGAGACCAGACAGCUAUGGAAGUCUGGCCGGGGACAGCCUCAGCAACAUGGCCAACGCUCUGGCCAACGCCAUGUGUGAGCGCUGCAAGAGCGGCUUCGCCCCGGCUGAGAAGAUAGUGAACAGCAACGGGGAGCUUUACCACGAGCAGUGCUUUGUGUGCGCCCAGUGUUUCCAACAGUUCCCAGAGGGACUCUUCUAUGAGUUUGAAGGCAGGAAAUACUGUGAACAUGAUUUCCAGAUGCUGUUCGCUCCCUGCUGCCACCAGUGUGGGGAGUUCAUCAUUGGCCGCGUGAUCAAGGCAAUGAACAACAGCUGGCAUCCAGACUGCUUCUGCUGUGAUCUCUGCAGUGCCGUACUCGCUGAUGUUGGAUUUGUUAAGAAUGCUGGAAGGCACCUGUGUCGUCCAUGUCACAACAGAGAGAAAGCUCGAGGCCUCGGCAAGUACAUCUGUCAGAAGUGCCACGCCAUUAUCGAGGAGCAGCCUCUUCUGUUCAAGAACGACCCGUACCACCCUGAUCACUUCAACUGCAACAACUGCGGUAAGGAGCUGACGGCGGAUGCCAGGGAGCUGAAGGGGGAGCUCUACUGUCUGCCCUGCCACGACAAGAUGGGGGUCCCCAUCUGCGGGGCCUGUAGGAGACCCAUCGAGGGCCGUGUGGUCAAUGCCAUGGGCAAACAGUGGCAUGUGGAGCAUUUUGUGUGUGCCAAGUGUGAGAAACCCUUCCUGGGACACCGUCACUACGAGCGCAAGGGCCUGGCCUACUGUGAGACGCACUAUAACCAGCUGUUUGGAGAUGUUUGCUACCACUGCAACCGUGUUAUUGAAGGAGAUGUGGUGUCUGCCCUCAACAAGGCUUGGUGUGUCAACUGUUUUGCCUGCUCUACCUGCAACACCAAGCUCACCCUCAAGAACAAGUUUGUGGAGUUUGACAUGAAGCCGGUGUGUAAGAAGUGCUAUGAGAAAUUCCCUCUGGAGCUGAAGAAGAGGCUGAAGAAGCUGUCUGAAACUGUUGCCCGGAAGUAAACAGGAAAAAAGGGAGAAAUAGAUGAGACCCCUCCCAUUUGGCCAUGCAAGUCACAUGUCCAGGGUUGACAAUCGUAUAACAAAGCAUUUGUAUGUUUUACAUAAUCGGUAUGUUAAAUUUAGGUUGGUAAUUUCAGCGUAACGUGCAAACUUUUUGUCUUUUCAGUUAUAGAAGAUCUUUUUAUGAUCUUGAAACUGACAGGUUGUUGUCAGUAGGUUUGAAAUGAACCUGUUCAGUGCCUUUUGGGUCAAAUACUGUACUGAAUAUUUUUCACAUGCUUGCCUUAUUUCACUAUAUAUAUUAAAGAUGAUGGUCCUGUAUCUCAAAAUGAGCUUUAAAAGAAUACAGAAACAUGAGAAUGAUAAAAAGGUAUGAUGCCUCGCCAUGUGUCCUCUGUUUGAUUUAUGUUACUCUCGUAUAAUAAUGCAGUAAACCCAAAGAAAGUCGAGCAAAAUACAGUUUUAUUAAAUGUAGAUAUAGGGCCUCAUAUUUCCUGUUUUCCACCAACAUGUAUUAUUUUAUGGAUUGUUAAUGUGUAUUUUCUUUUAUAUUGUGCUAAAUAAGUUUGUGUUAUCUAUAAAGUUGUUGUGUAUUUACAGUUUGACAUCAUACUGUCUCGUCCUUAAUGCUACAGUGAUGGACUCACCCGUCACCUGCAGUAUGAUGUGCUAUGUGUGAAACAAUCUCUAUAUCAACUGGUAUUUACACCGAGUUACCAGUUUAUUAGGUGCACUUGUACAAUCUAAUAUAAUCCAACACAACUGCCAAAAUAAACCCCGAGUUCAUACUGUUCAGUUUUUGUUUUAUCUACUCCCAUUUACAGUAUUAAAUACAAGAUGGCGACUGGAUAUUAGAAGAAGCACCUCUGACACACUGUCAACAAACACUGAACGUAAUACGCUUCGCAGUAACAGGAUUUAUUGCAGGGGCAACUGGUAACUCUGUGCGUCCUGCAACAUGAUGCCUUGUGGUAUGUGCGGAGGCCGAAUGUUGGAGAACAUGUGUCUCUGCUGUUUGUAAUCCAGAGAAAGGGAUCCUCUUAGAGGGGCGUACCGACUGCCUCAGAGCCUCUUAGGAAAGAAAGCCAACUGUUGCGACUGGGGAAAGAAUAGCUUCACUUGAGCAGUAUUUUAACACAGAAUGCUUAUCUUUUACCUUGUAGUUUAAUAGAAAAACACAUUCCACUAUUAUAUAGAAAUGUCUUACUGUUUCACUACCUGUGCCACAACAUUUGUCAUGUAGAAGUAGAGCUAUCCUCUGAACUUCAGCUCCUCUAUAAUAGGUCUGAGACGACUCUACACAGACAGACACUGCUCUUAUUCUGUAUUUGAUCUUUGCUUGUCAAGAGACUGUAUUUAUUUCAUGUAAACACACCAAAGUGCAUGUUCUAGACUUGAAUUAAGAGCUAUUUUCAUUAUAUCUACGGUAAUUAUGUCUGCUCAUCUUAAUAAACAGUGUGUGUCAAUCAUACCAA